AUGGCCAUCCUCCAAUUAUUGGCUAGCCCGGCUGGUCUGGCACUCACUACACUUGGGCUGUUCCUGUUCGCAGCGCACUACCGCAUCUCGAAGCGUCGGGAUGCCACACUUCCACUGCCUCCUGGCCCACCCGGCGAGCCUAUUAUAGGACAUCUCCGGGUUAUACCCAGCUACAGCCCAGAAUAUACCUACAUGCAAUGGGGAAAGGAGUACGACUCCGACAUAUUAUCAUUCAACAUUCUCGGCCAGCCAGUGAUCGUUCUCAACUCUGUUCAGGCUGCGACGGACCUUCUCGACAGACGUGGGGGUAACUAUUGUGACCGACCAAGAUUCGUUUUGUUUGAGGUCAUGGGCUGGGGAAAGACGUUGACAUUUUUGCGAUGGGGUCCUGAGUUCCGGAUGCAUCGCAGAAUUCUACAAAAAAGUUUCCAAAAUAGCAACAUUGUUCAGUAUCGCCCGUUGCAGCAAAGAGAGUCGACUUUGAUGUUGAAGGGAAUUGUUCAGAAGCCGGAUGAUUGGGAGAACAUCAUGCGUCGUUUUGCCGCAGCAAUUGUGCUGCGGAUCGGGUUCGGUAUCAAGAUCGACAGCGAUGCCGACCCCUUCAUUCAACUAGCCGCCGAUGCUAGCUAUGCUCUCGGUCACGGGGGGGCACCGGCCGGCACCCCAGUUGACUUCUUCCCCAUUCUGAAAUCAAUGCCCUGGGUGUUCCAUGACCGGUCCCUCGAAUUUGCUCGGCAAUGGAAGUGGGCAAUCCAGGCAAUCCACAACAAGCCCUAUGAAGCAGCCGUGGCUUCUGAUGAGAAGGUGAACUCCUUGAUACAAUCCCUGCUCGAUCAAAGGGAGGCACAACUGGAGAAGGGACAGCUAGCGGAGCUGUCAGUAGAUGACAUCAAGGGCGCGGCUGGUGCCGUGUAUGCGGCGGGGCAAGAUACAACAUGGAGCACAAUGGUCGUGUUUAUCCUGAACAUGGUCCUGUGCCCUGAAGUGUUCAAAAAAGCACAGAAAAUAGUCGAUGAAGUUGUCGGUCGAGACCGUCUUCCCACAUUUGAAGACAGGCCAAAACUGAGGUAUCUCGACUACCUUGUGCAGGAGACACUCCGAAUUUGUCCCGUGUCACCUGUCGGGGUUCCCCACCGGUCGUUAAAGGACGACACCUAUAACGGUUACUUCAUCCCCGCUGGGUCUUUCGUCUACGCCAAUGCACGGGCAAUGACUCGGGAUACAUCAAGAUACAGCAACCCGGACACAUUUGACCCGGAUAGGUACGUGUCUGCGGAGGAGGGCGGCAGGGGCGAGCCAUUUCCCAACGGCCAAUUCGGCUUCGGACGGCGCAUUUGCGUCGGUAAACAUCUUGCUGAAGCAAGUGUCUGGAUUGCUAUCGCACAGAUUCUCAGCACUCUCAAAAUUGGCAGGGCUGUGGACGGUAAUGGAAACGAAAUAAUUCCGGUUGAAGAAUUGACAGCUGGUUUGACAAGUCAUCCCAAGCAUUUCCCCUGCAAGAUGGAACCGAGGGAUCAACGAAGUUUUGACGUCUUGAUGGCGACGAACACAGAUACAUAUUGA